AUGUCCACCACCAUUGAUGACUCCAUGCCAACGAGGAUAUCCUCCGACUGUCCCCAAGACACGCGCGACGUCUUAUACCACGCCUGGGGCCACGAUCUCUCCAGUCUUAAAAAGCUCCUCGACGCCCCAGGCAAAGCCAGCGCCCAGGAUCCCAAAACCGGGGAAACCCCUCUUCACGCCGCCAUUCGCGCAUGUGGCCCCGCGGGUCCAGACUCGAACAAUCCUGAACAAGGCGAAGAUGGCUGCAUAGAAGAAGCAAGGGCAGUUUUACAGGAACUCUUCUUCUCGGGAGCCAUCUGGAACGAUGUCGACAGCAACAACGAGACCCCUGGCUGUGUAGCCUAUCGAUUGGGCCGCAAAGCCUUAUACGAGAUGUGCGUCGACGCCGGUGUUCGCGCCGAGCUCCUCUUCUCCCUCAUGGACGGCUACGAGGAACUCUCGUCGGGCGCAGACGUCGAAGAAGAUAAGGAUGAGGCACAGGAUACUUCUCAAGGCGAACAAGUCCCAGUCAACCAAGACGGCGACGCGAUGGACAUCAGCGACGACCAGGCUCAACCACAAGACCCGCCACGCUUUAUCCCUCCCGACGCCAAUGAGAGAACCGUCACGAGCGACGAAUACCUGUCCUCUGAACUAACCUACGACUCCUCCAAGCUACUCGACGCAGACCUGAACGGCGUCAUGAUGGCCUGGGAAACCGACAUUAUGGCCCGCUCUGUAUCCGCCCUCCUCCCCGGCCCCGAAGUCCAAACCGGGAAGCGCAUCCUCAAUAUCGGCUUCGGCAUGGGCAUCAUAGAUGGCAUGUUUGCCCAAACAAACCCGUCACGGCAUCACAUCAUUGAAGCCCACCCCUCGGUACUACAACACCUCUCCCAGCCGGAUUCCAAGUUUGGCAAAAGCUGGGAGAAGUGCGGCGCGGAGGAGGGUGCCUACAAGGUUUGGGCCGGCAAAUGGCAGGAAAUAGUGCCCCAAUUACUGGAGAAAGGCGAGGUAUACGAUGCAAUUUACUUUGACACAUUCGGCGAGGAUUACUCGCAGCUCAGGAUGUUCUUUAUGGAGUACGUACCCGGGUUGAUGGAUCAGGAGGGCAGAUUUAGCUUCUUCAACGGACUGGGCGCAGAUAGACAGGUCUGCUAUGAUGUCUAUACAAAGGUAGUCGAGAUGCAUGGCGCAGAUGCGGGUCUGGAUGUAGAGUGGGAGGUGAGUGAUGUUGAUAUGAAGGGGCUGCGGGAGGAUGGGAAGGGUGAGUGGGAGGGAGUGCGGAGGCGGUACUGGACGCUGGAUAAGUACCGUCUGCCUGUGUGCACAUUCAUGGGAUGA